UUAUUGCAACAGAUGUGCAGUAAAACCUCGUGCGUGCCGCUCAGCCCUCACACUGCGGGGAAUGUUUGACUAAAGAUUUAACAACAGGAACAUUUACACUCACACAUCUGCAUCGACUCAGGACUGAUCAGACAUCAGCAGCAUGAGCAAGGGCGAAUCAGACGCGACCGCGCCGGUGAACGCGGGCGAGCCGGCGGCGAAGCAGGAGAACGAGGACGUUAAAAGUGCCCCGCGCGAGGAGAAAGCCACACCGGCGGAGUUCGAGCCCCCGGAGGGCGGCUGGGGGUGGGUGGUAAUGCUGGCCGCUAUGUGGUGCAACGGCUCGGUGUUCGGGAUCCAGAACGCGUUCGGAAUUUUGUUCGUGUAUCUGCUCAAGGAGUUCGGCUCCGAGGACGACGAGGACCUCCGAUUCAGAACAGCAUGGGUUGGUUCUCUCUCGAUGGGAAUGAUCUUCUUCUGUUCACCGAUCGUCAGCGUGUUCACGGAUCUCUUCGGUUGUCGGAUAACGGCUGUGGGUGGAGCUGCCGUGGGGUUUGUGGGACUUGUGGCCAGUUCAAUGGUCAGGUCUCUCGGGGCGCUGUACUUCACGUAUGGUAUAGUGUUCGCGUGCGGCUGCAGUUUUGCGUAUCAGCCCAGUCUGGUGAUUCUGGGUCACUACUUCAAGCGCAGGCUGGGUCUGGUCAACGGCAUCGUGACGGCGGGCAGCAGCGUGUUCACCAUCACCCUCCCGUACGUUCUGACUGGUCUGCUGGACCGUGUGGGACUCUACAACACCCUGCGAGUUCUGUCCAUCUUCAUGUUCAUCCUGGUCCUGGCCGGCUUUACUUACAAACCCAUCCUGCCUAAACCCGUGAGCAGCAGGAAGACGGACGGUCGCUGUUCCGCACUCAACAGGGUCUUUAACCUGCAGAUCUGGAAGUCUCUGGGAUAUCGAAUCUGGGCCUUUGGGAUCCCCGCCGCGCUGUAUGGAUACUUCGUGCCUUACGUUCAUCUGAUGAAGCAUGUUGAAGAGCGUUUUGGAGAGGGCACUAAUAAGGAGCUCCUGCUCAUGUGUAUCGGCAUCACGUCUGGAGUUGGUCGUCUGAUCUUCGGCCAGUUGGCUGAUUAUGUGCCCGGAGUCAACAAAGUCUUCCUGCAGGUGGCUUCAUUUCUGGUCAUCGGUGUGAUGUCUAUGAUGAUUCCCCUGUGUAAUAUUUUUGGCGGGUUGAUCGCCGUGUGUCUGCUCAUGGGUCUGUUCGAUGGCUGUUUCAUUUGCAUCAUGGCUCCAAUCGCCUUCGAGCUGGUGGGCUCUCAGAACGUGUCGCAGGCCAUCGGUUUCCUCCUGGGCAUGAUGUCCGUCCCCAUGACCGUCGGUCCUCCCAUAGCAGGAUUCUUAAGGGACCGUUUGGGCAGCUACGACGUGGCUUUUUACCUGGCGGGGAUUCCUCCCAUCAUCGGCGGAGCCAUGCUGUGUCUCAUCCCGUGGGUGGAGGCGAGGAGGAAGAGGAAAGUUGAAGAAACCGCUGCAGACGCAGCAGAGAAGAUGCUGGAGCAGAAGAGCGCAGACGCGCAGGACGACGCAGGCACUCGAGAGAAGACAGACGACCACGAAUCCAUCAUCUGAGUUUACUGUAUGAUGAAGUGUCGUGAAACACUUCUCUGGCCGUCCAUCAGUGAACUGCACAAAUGUGAUUUUUUAAAGCUAUGCAUCAUUCAGAAAGUGUCCUUCGGUAGUUGUGUUAAACUUUUAAGGAUUUUAAAUUCGCAAACUUGAAAGUGAAUUGAAAAAGGGAAAAUGCUCGCAUGUUUGCAUCGACAGGUGAACAUCUGGACCUUUUUCCGUAGAAAAAUUAAAUAUUUGUUAUAACCAAAUAGGAUUUUAAAGGGAUUCCCUCCAAUUGAUCUUUUCAAAAUGGUUUUAUUUCCGAUUCCAGUGAGUCAGAAAUCUUACUUUUUAUGAAUAGUUUUCUUGUGUUAUUUUUUUCUUUUGUGUGUUCACACUAUGACUUAAGCACUUCAGUAGUGUUUAUAAAGUGAAAGUGACUACAUGAAGAUUACAUGAUGUAGGGAUGUAACGAUUCACCGUGAGCCGGUUGAAAAUCGAUUAUAAUAUGGGAUGAAUCAAGCCGGUUGAGAUGUUAUAUGAAUCGCAGUACAUGUUUUAAACAGCAGGGGCCGUUGUGUUCACUGCAAACUUGGAAAACAUGGAUAGGCUGAUAGUUCUUAAAUAAAUAAACAAGAACAGCACAGACAAAGUCUAAGUUUGUUUAUAUAAAAGAGAGUUUUGUAUUAUUCCUUUGUUGUUUGAUUUGGAAUUUGUCUUAAAAUUAGAGUUUAGUUUUGUUAUUUGACAUAAAAUAUAUUUUUAUUUUACAGUAUCAGUAUCGUGAGCUGAGUGAAUCGUUACGUCCCUAUUUGUAUGACAUUAUCCGUGAUAUCCUUUCAUGAGUAAACAUUAGUGCUGCUUUAUAAACUCAAUGCCAAAUUCAGUGUGUUAUUCAAUGUAAAAUAGUUUUGUGUGUCACACGUGUAGAUGUGUGCAUGAUUCAUGUCACAGGUAAAGGGUUUGUGUUUGAGCUCCGCGUGUCGGGGGUUUACAUGUGUUGUGGCAGGACAGUUUUUAGUAUUUGAAAUGAAUCGUGAGGAUGUUUUCUAUGCAAUGAGUUUUUUUAAUAGGAAUGGUUCAGGAAGGAGCUUGACCGGCAUGUUUUCAUCAUCAGACUGUGUGUCAGUCACUUUUAUUCACCCAAAAGGUUUUCAUUCUGUCAUCAGUUAAUUACCCUUUCAUCAUUUUAAACCUGUGUAAAUGUCUUUGUUCUGCUGACCUUAAAAGGAGAAUGCGAGCAACCAAUCAGAUCUCAUUCCCUGUCGACUCCCAUAAUAUUUAUUUUACCUACUACGGCAGUAAAUGGGAGAUAAGAUCUGUUUGAUUUCUGACAUUCUUCCAAAUAUCCUCCUUUGCGUUCAGCAGAACAGAGAACAAUCCAGGUUUGGAACAAUCUGAAGGUGAGUUAAUGAUGACAGAACUUUCAUGUUUGGGUGAAGUAUCAGUUUAAUCUCAGUGCUGUUCGCUGUGCUUUCAUAUCAUUUCUCUUGAACAGUCAUCAGGUAUUACUCACAUGUAUUAAUAUUCCUGUAAUAAUGGAAGCAGGUGCUUUGCUACAGGACUGAAGGGAAUAUGGUGAUAAUAUUCUUAAAUCUACAGUGUUCAUACAUCAUCAUAUUGACAAUCCUGUGGUGUUUGAGUAUUAGUGCUGUAAUCUACCUCAGAUUGACAUGAUUGUUUGAAUGUUUCUCUACAGAAACACUGAUCACAGAUGCCCGUGUCACGUUUAUUUCGUCCGUGUGCUUUAUUCUGCUCGGAGUGCCUUGACAAGAUGAUUGUUGGAUUGAGAUGAAUGAGGGAUUUUAUAUCUGAAAGCUUUGACUCGAUUUCAAAUGCUGCAAACAGAGACAACUGUUCAAAACAUUUCACAAGAAAAGAUUCUUUCUGACACUUGUGUGUGUUAUUAUUUUACUAUGACAUGCCGCUACACAUCGCUUUUAAUUGUAGACGUCCAUCGCUUUGUCUUUAAACUCAAUAGUUUAUGCGAAUAUUAUAUGUAUAUUGUUUUCCAGCUUGUUUGUGGGAAGAUUAUCUUUUUUUUUACAUUUUUAAUCAUUUAACAUAUUGCUCAUGUUAGCCAUUGUUUUGUGCCCAAGAAAACAUAUUUUGUGGACUGAUGACAAUCAAUAGUGAUUUACUCAGGGUCAUAAGACAUGAACUGGAUUGUAAAGUGUCUUCAGCUAAACACCAAAAUGAAACCAUAAACUCUUGAGGAAUUGAGAAGGUUUUGACUGUUUUAUUCUGUGUUGUUAAGAUGUUCUGAAAUGACAUUCACCAAAUAAGCAAGUAAAUCAAAGCCAACCGUGUAACGCAACAGAUUCUUCAUCAGUUGAUGAGUUAUUCUUCAUAUUGCACUUAACAGUGAGAACGUGUUGUUUUUUACUCUUGUUGUGUAAAUCAUAAUACAGAUGAUCUUUUUAUUACUGCAGUUCAGUCUUUUCAUUCUUCAUGAUUUCAUUGUGUUAUUUUUGUGUAUGUAUCACACAACUGCUAUAUUUGAAACUACAAUAAAGAACAUAGUAUUCCUGG